GGCAGCGGCGGCGGCGGCGGGGGAGGGAGGACCCCACGGACCGACGGACGCACUAACGGACCGAGCGAGGGAGGGAGCGAGCGAGACUUCGCCGGCGAGGAGUCGCGCGAGCGGACGCUGCUGGGCGCUUCCCCGCGCUGCUGGGCGCUCGGCGCCUCCGCGGUCCCCGGUUCCCGGCCGCAGCUUCCCCGCGCGCGCGGGGUGCAGGGCGCGGGGCCCGGGGCUUGCUUCGCCGAAGGGGUCGCUGCAUUAACUCCAAGCUGGUGGCAAAGCGUUUGAGCAGGGGCUGGCCAGAGAGCUGGAGUCACCAUGGCGGCGGGCGUGGCCGCCUGGCUGCCCUUUGCUCGGGCUGCGGCCAUUGGAUGGAUGCCGGUAGCCAACUGCCCCAUGCCCCUUGCUCCUGCCGACAAGAACAGGCGGCAGGAUGAACUGAUCGUCCUCAACGUGAGUGGGCGGAGGUUCCAGACCUGGCGGACCACGCUGGAGCGCUACCCCGACACGCUGCUGGGCAGCACGGAGAAGGAGUUCUUCUUCAACGAGGACACCAAGGAAUACUUCUUUGACCGGGACCCAGAAGUCUUCCGGUGCGUCCUCAACUUCUACCGCACAGGAAAGCUGCACUACCCACGCUACGAGUGCAUCUCGGCCUACGACGAUGAGCUGGCUUUCUACGGCAUCCUCCCAGAGAUCAUCGGAGACUGCUGUUAUGAGGAGUACAAGGACCGUAAGAGGGAGAACGCCGAGCGCCUCAUGGACGACAAUGACUCGGAGAACAACCAAGAGUCCAUGCCCUCGCUCAGCUUCCGCCAGACCAUGUGGCGGGCCUUCGAGAACCCGCACACCAGCACGCUGGCCUUGGUCUUCUACUACGUGACUGGCUUCUUCAUCGCCGUGUCCGUCAUUACCAACGUGGUGGAGACAGUGCCGUGUGGCACAGUGCCCGGGAGCAAGGAGCUGCCGUGUGGAGAGCGCUACUCCGUGGCCUUCUUUUGCCUGGACACGGCCUGCGUCAUGAUCUUCACCGUGGAGUACCUGCUCCGGCUCUUCGCGGCGCCCAGCCGCUACCGCUUCAUCCGCAGCGUCAUGAGCAUCAUCGAUGUGGUGGCCAUCAUGCCCUAUUACAUCGGCUUGGUCAUGACCAACAAUGAGGACGUGUCCGGUGCCUUCGUCACGCUCCGGGUCUUCCGCGUCUUCAGAAUCUUCAAGUUCUCCCGUCACUCACAGGGCUUACGGAUCCUGGGCUACACACUGAAGAGCUGCGCCUCUGAGCUCGGCUUUCUCCUCUUCUCCCUCACCAUGGCCAUCAUCAUCUUUGCCACUGUGAUGUUUUAUGCCGAGAAGGGCUCCUCUGCCAGCAAGUUCACGAGCAUCCCUGCCUCUUUCUGGUACACCAUUGUCACCAUGACCACAUUGGGAUAUGGAGACAUGGUGCCCAAGACAAUCGCGGGGAAGAUAUUUGGCUCCAUCUGCUCCCUGAGCGGUGUCCUGGUCAUUGCCCUGCCAGUCCCUGUGAUCGUUUCCAACUUCAGUCGGAUUUACCACCAGAAUCAGAGAGCUGAUAAACGCAGGGCGCAGAAGAAGGCCCGCCUCGCCAGGAUCCGCGUGGCCAAAACAGGCAGCUCUAAUGCCUAUCUGCACAGCAAGCGCAAUGGACUCCUCAACGAGGCGCUGGAGCUGAUGGGCACCCCAGAAGAGGAGCACAUGGGCAAGACCACCUCACUAAUUGAGAGCCAGCACCACCACCUGCUGCACUGCCUGGAAAAAACCACUGGGUUGUCCUAUCUUGUGGAUGAUCCCCUGUUAUCUGUACGAACCUCCACCAUCAAGAACCAUGAGUUUAUAGAUGAGCAGAUGUUUGAGCAGAACUGCAUGGAGAGUUCAAUGCAGAACUACCCGUCCACAAGAAGUCCCUCCCUGUCCAGCCACCCGGGCCUCACCACCACCUGCUGCUCCCGUCGUAGUAAGAAAACCACACAUCUGCCCAAUUCCAACCUGCCAGCCACUCGCCUGCGCAGCAUGCAAGAGCUCAGCACGAUCCACAUCCAGGGCAGUGAGCAGCCCUCCCUCACUACCAGUCGCUCCAGCCUUAACUUGAAAGCAGACGAUGGACUGAGACCAAACUGCAGAACAUCCCAGAUUACCACGGCUAUCAUCAGCAUCCCCACCCCCCCAGCGCUAACCCCAGAGGGGGAGAGUCGGCCACCCCCUGCCAGCCCAGGCCCCAACACGAACAUUCCUUCCAUAGCCAGCAAUGUUGUCAAGGUCUCCGCCUUGUAAAACCACUGGACAGAGGGCCAGUAUGGGUAGUGGGAGUGAAGGGGGCUGGCAUGUUGGAGGGUGGCCCCUGCAACCACCCCCUCCCCUUUUCCCCACUAUUUCUGCCUGCCCCUGUAUAUCCCUAGCACUGAGACUUGUGCCUGGAGGGAGAAAGAGGCAGCAAAGGGGCACCUGGGCUCACUGCUGCUCACAUGGACAUAGCCCUGUGAUACUGCAUUGCACUGGGGCCAGAGGAAGGGAGGGUGGGCAGGGCAGGGGCUGGGGCAGUGGGGGUAGGGCUGAGAGUCAGCACAGGCCUGGAGAGGGGAGCCUCAGACCAAAUACCAGUUGUUUCUGGAGGUCCCAGUGAGGAAAAUACAAGACCAAGAGCAGCACAGAGGCCGAGUUGUCACAUGAAAAACAGGAAGAAAAUAUAACACUGUGUAUUUAAGCACCUUUUUCAAGGCUCUUAAUGGAUAAUAUUUAUUCAUGGGAAAAGGUGGAAAACAAAAACACCAAUGGAUUUUUGUGAAAUGUUUUUCUCCAUGGACCCAAUACCUUUGAACCAAAACAAUGCAUUUUGUUUUUUCUUUUAUAGUAAGCUUUUAGGCUGUCAGUUAUUGCUGAGUUCUCUCAACAUGUCCCCAAGUGGGUGAGGUCAACUGAGCCUGGGCCCCCACUGCCCAGCUGACCUGCACAGAGCUGCCAGGCGGCCACACAGCAGCACUUACCCUCUGUCUGUCCCUGUCUCCUUUGUGUCUGUACCUCUCUGCUUCACCCCCUGCCUGUUUUUCUCUGUGUCCAGCCAUCUGUCUCUACAUGGACCCCAGUGAUCCUGAAACAUGUUAGUAAAACCUCCUCCACUACCAAGCACCUGCAGACUUGUGCCUGAGAGUUACAUUUGCAUGGAUGCAGAAGAGAAACAAUGAAGCAAAAACGUGAGACCUCGGGGAUGAGGGAAGCAUAUUUGAUAGAACCAAGUGCUUACUUACCUUGUGGUUGGAAGCACUAGUGUUUGCAGUUUCCAUCUCUGGGAAAGAAAGGGAGUGGUCAGAUUUAUCAUCUUGGGAUCUUGAAAAAGGAAAUUGCCAAUACCUGAGAGAUGCAGUAACUGUGGUGUGUGCCAGCAAGGAGAGAACAGAAGAACCCCGGGCUGGCAGCCGCAUUACCCUUCUUUCAGGAUCCAGCAUAGAGCCCAUCCAGAGCUCUGCCAAGGGGCCCCAGGAGCAGCUUCCUGCAGAGAGGGCAGCGGUAUGGGGACCAAGCUUCUGACUUAUGUCAUGCCUGAGGCUGCAGAAGGUUAAACUUCUGUGCCUCACAAGUCCAGAGUCUGAAAGCAAGUAAGAGAUUCUAGAUUAUUCUUACCUGGUCUGAAAGAUGCCUUGAGGUCUGGAGUGUCUUCAGGCCUGAUAUCCCUGAAGAUAACUGAAAUGGCGAAGAAACCUGAUCAUCUCCGUGCAAGUGAGGGACUUUAAUAUUUAUGGAGAACCUGGACAGCAUCUCUGUUCAACUGGUUUGCACCCUAGUCGGGCUGAGAACAGCAUUUCUGGAAUCCUAUCCAUUUUCACUGCUUAUAGCAGAGCAGGUGGGCCUCAGGGUCAGUGAUAAGCCCCAUCCUGCCCUCUCCAAUCCCCAGCUCCCUAUUGCAAUCUCUCUAGCCUAGGCUCUGAGACACAAGAGCAACUCAGGAGCUCCUUAUCCAGUCUACUGCUUAGCAGUUAGCUGUUUAAUUGUAGGCCAAGAAUUUGUCUGCCCACCAAAGCCAUCUAGUCAAGUUUUACUAGCCAGGAACCUAAAGCACCUUCAGUGGGCUUCCCUGUGACCCCAGCUCUAUUGAUUCUGUAGAAAGGAAAGUCAUAGGGCUAUGAGGUGGCACCUAAUCUAAAGGUGAGCAGAAGGGCAGAGGAGAGGGAGCCUUUACCUUUAUGCUAUUCUCCUUACACUAUCCUCAUUGACCAUUGUCUGAGUCCUUUCUCUUGGGUCUGGCCUCAAGGAUUUCCCUUUAACAUGAGAAGGAGGUGGUUCUGGCCCUCUGAGCUUAUGAUAUGAGUAGGCAGAAAAGCUUUACAACUACAGAGGAAGACUGCAACACUCCAGAGAGUAAGUACUUAAAUCCAUUCAUUUCAUAGACUUAUCUCCGUAGGGAAAGCAGAAGACUGGGAUGGACUCCAUUAGAGGGCAGGCAAAUGACUAGAAAAGGAAUUUUUCUUUUGAAAGAGUAGGUAAUGGAACACAGGAAUGUCUAAGCACCUAAAGUUUACAUCAUAAGAACUGAGCAGGGUAAGGGAUAAAGAGGCAAAUAGAAACAGGGUUGAAUACACAUGCAAACUGCCUGUGUUAAGAACAGGGCUUCACAGGAUUGGAAUAAUGACUGAUCUAACCCAGGACCUCUUUGAUAGUGUAUCAAGGGAGUAUACUAGUGGCUCCCACAAAAAUUAAUGAACAGAUUAUAAAAAUUAUGUCCCAAAUAAUUUUUUGUUACACUGAUGAACUGAAUGUUUUGUAUUCCUUCAUUUUCAUUUCCAAAUACCACAUUAUGCCAGUUCCCAAAAGACUGUUAAACUAUCCCCUUCAUCUUCACCCUAUAAUACAGCCCUAGCCAGGGAUAAGAGACUUCACUUACCUCUGGUCCAAAGGAAGAUUUCAGUCCAGGGAAAUGGCUCAUCUACACAUCAGAAUACAGCCAAAUGACACUGCUAAAAGGCAUUUGUAUGUAAAUAAAAGGGCCAAAGUGUUCUGAAUCAGUUUAAUAAGUGUAAUUCAUUGGCCAGGGAUGUAAGAACCAGGGUAUCAGGGCUUUCCAAGGGCAGUGGCUUUCUAGCGCAACAACUCGUGAGCUUUCAUAGUUCAUGAACCAGUUCAGUGAAACAGAAGAUUCCCAAAACCACCUAUCCCAUUCAGUCCCACUCAGCAUUAGGGAGAGCUAAAAAAAAAAAAAACUAACAGGUUACAUUCAAAUGAAUUAAACUUAGAAAACUUAGCAUUAAGAGUAUAUCAGAACUAGAAGAGAUUAAAGAAUAUCUAAUUCAUUUUACAGUACAGAAAGUUGAAGCCCAGAGAAAUUAAAUGACUUGCUCAGGGUCAUUCAGUCAUUUAAUGAGAGCUGGGACCAGAACACAAGUCCCUUGGUUAUUAUUCUAAUGCUUUUUCCACUAUACCCACUGCCUCUCAGAGCAAUGAUGGUUCAGAAAAGACCCAUCAAAGAAUACAUGCUAUAACCAGAGACAUAGUCUUGAUGUCAAUACUACUUGGACACAGCCCUUGGAAACCACCUGACUGUACUAAUACAGACCAUCACUCCCUGGGUAGAACCAGCUAUGGACUACCAAUUCUGUCAAAAUUAGGUAAACAAGUGAAGUCAGGUUUUUUUCAGCAAAUGCUCUCUUAAUGAAGACAGGGUUAGGAUGACAUUUCAAAGCAUACCUUCUAUAGUCCUUUUGAUCCUUACUGCAACCUCUAAUGAUAGUAAGUCAAGUAACUAAACCCUUGAUUUACAGAGGCGAAACAGGCAAGCAGCAGCUGAAUGACUUAUCCAAGUUCACAUGGCAAGUUAGUGGCAGAACUAUGACUACAAUCUAGGACUUAGACAUCUCGUCCCGGACAUUUUCCUCCACAUGAUGUUACAUUACUCUAAAUGUUGCUUAUAUCUAUAAUACCUGGAUUUUGGGGUGGUGGUUAAGGAGAAAAAGUAUUCCAUUCAGAACCACCCUGAACUAGGACCUGGAAGCAAACUCUGAACUAUUUCUCCUUCAUCAACAAUUUUCAUAAUUAUUGUCAAGCCCAGGGCCAACUGCAUAGAAUCCUGUUCAAAAGACCAGAUAUUCUCAGUAACAGUGGAAACAUUAGCUUAUAAUCACACAGGAGUAUAAGGCCAGCAAGCAGAAAAGUGAAAUUAGGAAAAACAGAAUUUGAACAGAAAGUGGACAGUUAAUGCCAAUCCAUGAUUAACAAAAAGUCAACUCAUGGAUAUGCUGAGGACUGUAUCCAGUUUCCACACUAUGAUUCCUGAAGUUCAGGAUCAUAUCACUUGUUACAAUAUAAGCAGGGAAAGUGUACAUUGAAACAUGUAUGUAGAUUUCUUUCCUUGUCUUUUAACUUUGCAGAGGUAAUGGUUGAAAUUGACUUAAACCUAGAUUUUGAGGUUAUUAAUCAAUUCUAGUGGUCCAGACUCCCUCACUUAAAUUACCACGUACCUACGAGACAGAAAGAUCCCAAUGUUUUUAAUCCAAGGCAAUUAUUAGUUUCCCUUCUAAACUAAGUGGCAUGGUAACCAGAUGAACAGUAACCUGAAAUAUUUUUGUUUCCCCUUUCCAAUUUCUUUAUGAAAUCUCACAUUUGCAUAGCUUUAAAAUGACUGGAUGAAGGAAAAACAUUGUUAGGACCUGUGACUCUUAGAACCCAAACAGCAUCAUGAAAAGCAUCAUUAGAAUUAAGAGAAAGUGGCUACCAGAAAAAGAAACAGCUUUAAAGGAAUUCCUUUGAGUCUUGUUUUCUAUUCGGAAUGUUCUAUGUUUUUCUCAUUAAGUGUGGAAAUGACAUCUUAAGAGGUUACUUAACUAUAUUGGAUGAUGUCACUAACCAGUAUAGGGCACUGACUCAAGUCCUGGGGGCCUCCUUGGACCAAUAGACUAUUUUACAAACCUGGGAGGUGGGAGGGAUGAUAUUUUUGAUAAUCAAACAUUCCAAUGUACUGUUUUCCUUAGAGGUCAAACCCGCCCCCAAUUAAUGUUAUCGUGAAAAACAUCAAGUGUGUUCUAUUUUCGUAUAAUAAUUGGCUUUGCUUACUAACAUCACAAUGGCAAAGAAGAAAUACUGUACAAAACUGCAGGAAGAUAAACAUGUGAAAAAACUUUCUAUGGAAAAAAAAACCUCUGGGUUUCCUGUUGUCUUCUUUUGAAACUGUAGUGAAUGUUAAAUUGUAUAUCAUUUAUGGUAUUGAGUCAUGUGCCACUGCUGUACCUGAUGUAUCCAAUCUGGAUUAAACAACCAUGUGCGACAAACCCUAAAAUAAUUAUGAAUGAUUACUUUAAAACCAAUCCUCUUGCUACAAAUUAUGGGUACUGGAAUGAAGAGAGGCUUUCUAGCUUGCCAGAGAAGUCACAACCUCAGAAGGGUGCUUAAAGGUUUCAUGUGAUCUUCCCCCACCAUGUUCUCUCAGUGGAAGCAACUCUGCUGUGACAUCCAGGACAGUCUGUGCCUGCCAGUGUGCUUUAGUCAGAUAUUUUCACCAACAGGGAAGGCAUUUGACUGCCUUUGUCAACAGCUCUAUUUUGAGGACCAGCCCUGUAUUACUCAAAGAAAAUCUGCCUUUAUGUAUCAGUACUGGUUCUGCUGAGGAUACACUGAGUAUCUACUCCUUCAUCUAAACCAAGUUCUCAAACUAAAAAGAAAACUCAAAAUUAAAUGCUGGAUUAGGGUAUAGCAGAAAGCUUGGGACCUAGAUGAUGGAGGCUCAAGUUAGGUUCUACUACUUACCUGUAUGACUUCACCUCGGUCACUUUUCUUUGGCUUCAAUUUGUCCUCAUAUUAAAAACAGGGGGAAUCGUAUUAGGUAUCUUAAAAAUCCACUCUACCCUUAAUAAUUCUCGUAUAGGUAGUGAGAGCAACAGCCAUUUUCAUAUUUCACCAUAAUGUGGCAACAAUAAUGGGAAUCCUUUAAGUUUCCCCACAACCAGAUUCCAAUCAAUGAAAACUGUAAUAAAAAUAGAACAUUAAGGACAAUGCAUGAUGCCCAAAAGGCUCUAGAAGUUGGCUAUGAAAUUCAAUUCAACCACGAUGCUCAUAUCCUUAUAACCACUAGGUGUCACUACUGAUUCAUAGCUCAAAUAAUCUGGAGACAAGUACCUGGAAACCAGAUGUGCAUUGAGCAAAACAUGCUUUUUCAUUAAAAAGUGCUAGAUGUUAACUGGGAUGUAACUGUGCUUGUGCAGAGGCCUAAAACAACAUAUAGUGCUAAAACAAGAAAAUAACCUUGUGAUGGAGUUCCAUUGUCAGAUACAACUUUUGAAAAUAUAAUUUCCAUUUUCAAGAUUAACAUAGGUUUAUCUAUAUUUAGGAGGAAAAAUACUCUAAAACUUCCAACUACUCCCUUGUCUCAUGAGUUGAUCCACAAGUACUAUAAUUACUGUUCAAUUAUUUUUAGUAUUCAGGGGCUGAAGUUUACCUUUAAAACAUGUUUUUAAAAGAUUAGUAGGUAUUACUGCAAAACUAAAGCUACUUUAAAAAAUAUUAACUACUCAAAAAUAACUUAUAGUCUAAAUCAGACUUAACCAAAGCAACAGGUUUCCCAAGGAUUUCUCAACAUUAAUACUGUCAGCCUAAUAUAAGUUGAAGCUUAACUUGAACAGUUAAAAGUAUUUAGUGUUCUAGAAUUGACAUUAAACCAACUCGCACUAGCCCUCAUCCAAAUUACCUGAAUUUAUAAAGGUUCUCUGAAUUCAUAAAAUGAUUUUCUCUAACUAGGAAGUAUUCUCUUAUUAGUCAUAUAUUAAUUAAAUCUUACAACUGGGACAUUUAAAAUCAUCUAGUCCAACACCCUUAUUUUAUUGUGAAAACUGGACCCUGAGAGCUUGAAUGACUGGUACAAGGUAAAAAAGUGGGUAGUAGCAGUCACAAGACAGAUGCCCUUUCCACUACACCACAAAGCAUUUCCAAGUGAAUGUGCCUAAAAACUAUCUGUGGUUCCUAACAGAUUAUGGGGACAAUGCACUUAGACUGACAAUUCCAAACUAAAAGUCCUUUCCACACAAAAAUAAUCACACACAAAGAACAGAAGUUUCUUUCCACAGCCUCACUCUAACUGCAUCCCUUAUUUGGGAAAACGGUGAAAUUUUCCUAGCAAACUAAAAUGGAAAAAUGAACAAAUUAGUAUUUUUGUGUUAUGCAUGUGUACACCUCCAGCUUUUAUAUUUAAAAAAAAGCAAACAGAAAAUAAGACAAACCUAGGCGGAAAUCCAAUUAAUUCCAAGAUUAAUGGGUAACCUCAUCUCUAAGAUGCAGCAGUAUACUCAAUAAAAUCCCCUAGCAAUGGCCAAUUAUGAACUUGGCUGUAUUGUUGGGGAAAGGAUAGGGAAAAAAAAAAGAGUUAAGUUCAAUUAUGUAGCAAUGACAGACCUUAUUUAAAUGUGUUGAAGUCUCUACUUCUUAAUGACAUACUGGACCUAAUUAUGGAUUUGUUAUUUAGUGUUCAUUCAUUCUAACCUGGCAAUAAUGUACAGUACUGAUAUGUAUAAAGUCUCCCAUUGCCCAACUCAAAUGACAGAAAUCCAAGUUAAACUGGAGUUUAGGAUAGUGUUCUGUGAGUCUUGGACAGUAAACAAUGGAUGUGGAUGUUUGCUGACAGCCCAGGAGAGAAUGUUUAUACUGCCUAAACAACUAUGUGCACAUGCUUGUAAAGGGCUUUCCUUUUAAAAAGUAUACAUCACUAUACAUAAGAAGUUCUCUCACUACAAAUUCAGUUCACAGAAAGGUUUGGGAACCAAACACAUAACCAUGAGAGACUGCCACCGAGAUGAAAGAAUGUGCACAGUAGUCCCCCUUUUCCAUGGGGUAUACAUUUCAAGAACCUCUCUCAUUCAGUGGAUGCCUGAAACCACAGAUGGUACCA